AUGGUAGUGUCUCCUACAGCUGAUCGAGCUAUCCUUCGUAAGCCCAAGAAAAUCAUCUGUGCCCUUGAUGCCAUCAAACCCGAGGAUAGCGAGCAUCACGCUCAGAUUGUCUACUACCAGGCAGGGAUCGGAACAGGGCUUGGGCUCCGUGACCAAUUGUUAGGAGGUGGUACUGGUUUGGGACUCUCGGAGCACAUAAGAGAGGCCUACUAUUUCCUUGCGAACAAUUACUCACCUGGUGAUUCUAUAUUUCUGAUUGGCUUUUCACGCGGCAGCUUUACGGCAAGAAGUCUAGGCGGACUUAUUGGAAACCUUGGCCUGCUGAACAAGAGNGGCCUUCCCUUCUUCUACGAGAUCUUCCUCGACUGGGAGAACGCAGGCAACCCGAACUCACAAGGAUCUUCGUUCUGGGAACAUUAUCGCGAUCCUCUGGAUCCGGACAAGAAGAAUAUGCCCCAAACACCAUCAAAUGACCCGACAAAAGUUUACGACUAUCUAAAUGAGUAUCGCGCGAUGCUUCGGAGUUUCGGCCUGACUCACGUCGUUCCAGUUCGGGAGAACGAGCUACGCGACGUGCCAAUCAGAGCUAUAGGUGUCUGGGAUACAGUUGGUGCUCUCGGUAUUCCGGUCAACCCGUGGUUCCAGAAACAUCUCGGGCUACCUGGUUUCUUGCACGAAUACAAAUGGCUUGACACGAAGCUUUCUGAUAACGUGGAAAAUGCGUUUCAAGCUUUGGCACUGGAUGAGCAUCGAGCACCUUUCUCGCCUGCCAUAUGGGAGAAGCCCGAGGGUAGCCAUACAGUCAGUCAACUUGAGUAUUCUGUUGUGAGUAACCUUGCUGACUGUACCAUANNGUAUCUGAAACAAGUUUGGUUUCCUGGUGUACACUCAAAUAUUGGUGGUUCGUAUGACGAUACGGCUACCGCAGACAUAUCGCUAGCAUGGAUGAUGGACCAGCUCUCAGGAGAGACGAAGAGUUAUACUGAUGCGCCACUGGAUAAAAAGGAUUGGAUUGAGUUCUAUGACGACUACAUAGACACGCAACAAGCACUGAACAAGGUCUGGUAUCAGAACAAUCCACCUGCGCGAGGCUGGUCCUUGGGAACGAUUUACAACUCCUUCACUUUUCCACAGAGCCUAGCAGGGCGAGUAGUUCGAACGCCUGGACGGUACAGGGUGACGAACCCUCUAACGGGCGUGCAGAAGCAUAGCGGGGUGCUCAUGAGAGACACGCACGAGUUCAUACAUGCUUCGGUCAGAGCGCGUAUGGAUCUUGGAGGGUCUGCUUCUGAGCCCAAACCCAGCAAAUGGUCUCACUUUAUCCAAUGGCUGCAAAAGCUGCUCGGUAGGGAGGGCAAACCUUUGUACAAAUCUGAAGCACUACGUUGGUGGAGGCUUCACGACGGACACAAACAUCAUAACGAAUUCUCGAUCAAUUCCAAGCUUACGACAGGAGGAGCGAAGAGCGCGAUACGGCCUCCCUCCUGGGAGUGGGUGGGCAAAGACAAGCUUGUGGCACGCGGACGGGUAUUGAACGAAGACGUACUGGGAAGGUUCGAGUUGCAAUUGCUUGGACAUUACGAGGACGUGGCAGAUGAGAUCGAGGCCAGUAACAAAGGACUGGCAAGCGUUGAGGAGUUGGAAAGAGUGAAAGAGCGAGUUACUCGCAGGUCAGUAACAGUUUGA